UUUCAAAUAUUUUUAAUAUAAAUUUUGAUUGAAUUCAUUAAUGUUAAAAGGAAAAGUAAUCAUGCAAAUGGUGAUACAAUGUCAUACAUCAAUCAAACACAGAUUAAAUUCAGAGCCAUCUUUAGCUUAAUGACUCACAUGGUUUAAUACGCUGCCAACACAUCAACAUCUACAACAUAUGUGUUUAAACCUUGAUACCUUUUUUUUUACAUGACAGCCGAUAUAGCUGACAUCUGGAAAAUGUAUUUUGACAAGCAAAUGUUUACCAGACCACAAUGAGUAUUGCAUAAUAUUUGGUCACUUGAUUACAACUAUAAGGCGUUGCCUGGUUACAGGGAGUGGCUCAACUUACCCCCUUCUCCCCUACAUGUUGUUGUCCUUUUUUUUAUUAUGUUAAAUUCAGCAUGAUAAAAACGUGAUAAAGCUGAAUUCUGAUGUCUUUAUAAUGCAUACAAAUGCUAAGAAAAGAGAAGAGAGAAUUUAUACCACAUUUUAUUUCCAUCUUUAAACAACUUUUUUCCCCCUAAUUCCCAGCUCUACCCAGCCAUGGAUUAUUCCUUCGAAGACAACGAAUUUAUCAGUGAUUCCCAAGAUUAUGAUUCUAACUACACACUGCCAUCGUUCGAUAACUCUCCGACGCCUGAGAUUCAACCGAUCCAGAUCGCGUCUCUGGUUUUCUACGGCCUGGUGGUCCUGCUGGGGGUCCCCGGGAACGCUAUGGUGGUCUGGGUGACGGGCUUCUGCAUGCCCCGCUCCGUCACCUCCCUCUGGUUUCUCAACCUGGCGCUGGCGGACCUCCUGUGCUGCCUCUCGCUGCCGCUGCUCAUGGUGCCUCUGGCCCAUGACGACCACUGGCACUUCGGAUCCCUGGCCUGCACCUUGGUGAAAGGCCUGUUUUACCUGGUGAUGCACUGCAGCGUCCUGCAGCUGGUUCUGAUCAGCGUGGACCGCUGGAUGCUGGUCAGCAGGCCCGUGUGGUGUCAGAACAAAAGGCGGCCCAAACAGGCUGCUCUGGGCUGUGUGGCUGUGUGGGUUCUGGCGCUGAUCGGCAGCAUCCCCCAGUUUGUCUACACCAAGCAGAUCGAGGUGGGUGAGGAGAAGCGAGAGUGCGUCACGGUGUACUCUCAGCUCAGCGCCAAGCUCGUCAUCUCCUACCGCUUCCUGGUUGGAUUCCUGCUCCCCUUCCUGGUGAUCGUGGCCUGUCACCUGGUGGUUUACAGCCGGGCGGAGAGCGGGGUCUCUCGGAGUCGGACCCGGUCCAUGCGGACGCUGAGGGUCAUUGUUGUGGUGGUGCUGAGCUUCUUCCUGUGCUGGCUGCCGCUGCACAUCGUGGACUUCAUGGUGCUGGUGACCAAGCGUAGCUCCCCUCACAGUCCCAAGCUGUACCUGGCGCAGGUGUUCUCGCUGUGUCUGGCUUACUUCAACAGCUGCCUCAACCCGCUGCUCUACGUGUGUCUGGGUCGGGGGUUCAAAGACAGCAUGAACCGCUCGCUGCGCAACAUGCUGCACUUCAUCAGCGAGGAGCCGGCGUCCAGGAUGAGCAUCACCAACAACGACACCAAGAGCUCCUCAUAUGUGAAGGACACAACUCAAAUCUGAGGCUGUUCUCACGCAGUUAGCUACUUUGAAGAAAAGUGUUAUAUACCCAUGACCAAGAGUAAGGGAGACUAGGGCGGUUGCAACCCUUUUGGAUUAUUCUAAAAUAAUGUUUGGUCUAGAGUGACCACAUUUUGAUAUAUUAAAUGUACAGCUGUCUGCUAGUUAGCCAUACAAUCUUACCCUUACCCCACAUUGAUAUACUGUGUUUUUUGCUAUUCUGAUAUAAGUGUUUCUAUCCAACUGGGUACGGGUGCAACACCUUUGAGUUAUUUUUGUCUAGAGUAACCACAUUUUAAUAUAUUAAAGUCUAUCUGUCUGAUAGAUAGCCAUACAUGUUAAAGAUGAUUACAUAUGACAUUCACAACAAUUUAACAUAAAUAGUUUACGAUAUUUAUUUGAAUGGAAGAAGUCAGAUGUCAUGCGAAAUCCCCCUCAGGCCCAAUCUUUACCUGAGCAGGUGUUAGCACUUCCUAUACAGUUAUUCCCAAGAUAUCAACAAAUGUUAUUUCAUCAAGUGUCUCAUACCAAACGAGGAUUUAUAUUUUGAAAUGACUUACUUCGUACUCCAUAGAUCAUUUGACCAUUUAGUAAAGUAAAAUUGCAUUUCACUAUUUAACUUCUGAUGUUCUGCCUUAAUGAGCAUACUAUUCUUAACAUAUCUACAAUCAUGUUAGUUUUAUUUAUCUGCCCUGCUCCCUGAAACACUUUCCUUGAAACAUACGCGUCCAAUGACUUCAGCUUGAAGAACAACAUGAAGUGAAAACACCAACGUUGCAGUUUUCUCAGCUAAUUUUGGAGAAGGGUUUUUGCUGAUGCAGUUGAAUGAUGCGUCUAUAAAUUGUCAUUGUCAAAAUUAGAAAUGAAGGAACAAUUUGGCAAUCUGCAAUAUUCCCUGUGUACAUUCAUGUCAUGCAACAAAAACACUUCUGUAUUUCGCUCCAAUUGGAUGUAUUUUUGGCCAUUUCUAUUAAGAAUGUACAACAUGUCUGAUCUCUGGAUUACUUUUUGUUUGAUGUAAUUCAAGUUUGUUGUAAAGAAAACACGUUUCAUAUAUAUUUGUAUAGUUCUUGUUGUUGUAUUGUCUAGCAGGAACCUGCAAUGACCACCAGAGGGAGCUACUCUCUAGAUAUCUGAUUUCCAGUGGCUUAUGCACAUAUAUGUUCACAUUCAUGCAGUAGCAGCACCACUUGCUCUAGGGAAGCUCACACACACACACACACACACACACACACACACACACACACACACACACACACACACACACACAAUUGAUCUUAAUUGAUGAUGUUUACAUUCAACUGUCUGUACCAUUUCCAAAUAAACAACACAACAAAAUGUGUUCAAAUUAAGAGCAAAGUUGCCUUUAUUUACAAACUACAUUCAUUCCAAACAAGGCCACAUGAUGGUAUAUACAAAAGCAUACAUAUUUACAAGACUGUCCCUGUGUUUCAAUGAAUCUGUGCACUUGUACAUACUGUGUGUGCACGCAUGCAUGGACACUGGUCCCUUAUAUGGCUUCUGUUUAACCCAUGACUGUCUCUCUGAUGCUGAUUGGCUGCUGCAGGUCCAUUUGCAAAGAGUGCCUCAAACAAAAGGGAUGUUUUUCUAUAAGAUGCUGGACACAAGGUUUGGUGAUUCGUGGCUAAAUAAAGAUAGGUGGUACACUCCAGUUAAGUCUAAUUCAUCGGUUGCCUAACCAUUCAAAAGUGUUGUUUCUGUUAAUAAGCACUAAGGUUUAAAUGACGCUGUUACUUUGAUUAGUACCACAUUGGUUCGACCCGUUUUAAUCGCCUUAAAACCCUUUUGAGUACUUAUUUCUAAGUUUAGCAAGACAUGAAGCGUUUGUACCCAUUAGCCAUUGACCACAAAUCUAUUCUUAAUUACGUUAAAAGGCCAACAGACAUCAGGAAUAGCUGGCAGUGUAUUCAGUCCCUUAGAGUUGAAGUAAACACAUCGUGACUCAGCAAUUAUCAUCAAUUAGAGCAGGAAAAUGCCCAUUAGUGUCUGAAGCGUUGUCAGCUACAAGAUAAAUUAAACCAGAUGCCUUUUUGAGGCGGAAACUCUGUAGUGUUAUUGGUCUGUUUUCCUCUGAGCUACAUAUUUUCUGACCGUUGAUUUUGAACAAGCAAUCAGAUGUUUAUAUGCAUCCUGGCUACCGCUGUCUACCACAAACACAUAGAUAUAACUGUUAGAGUCCAACAGAAGGGAUCCCGGUUCAAGUUAAACACUAGGUAGUUUAUCAUUCUCCCUCCUUUCCUUCUUGGCCCCUUCUGUUAAUGGCGCACGCUGAGUAGAGAUAUAUAAUAUACUGUCAUUAGAGGUAGGUACAUUUCAUGAUUCAUGACAAAAUGAAGCAGCUACACCGGUGCUCUAAACAAAGCUGUACAGCCAGAACACUGAACAAAAUUAAAACGUUGGCUUUAACUAUAAGUAUUAUGUCAACAGAUUCAAGCCAACGUUUCAAUUAAUUCAGUGUAGAAACAGGUGUGU